CUAGACGUUGAAAUCGACAGGAGGAAUGGUCAGAAAUGGACCUCUUGCUAAAUUUGGUUCAUUCAAAAAAAUCGCACACGUAACCUCAAUUUUCUGAGGGAAAUUAUUCAUAACCAUAUUUUUUGUCUGGUUUCUGUGGAAGAACAAUUUUUGUGUGUUUCCUGUUUUUUACUUUUGGGUCAACUUGAACUAUCACUUUCUUGUACAAACGUGGUUGAAGCCCUAGCAAGAACAGUAAGGCAAGAGGCGUCUGUGACUACGUAUAACCUGGAGUCUGCUCUCGAAGUCUACAAGUCAUCUUCAAAGGUUGGGGCUAUUCAUAACCUUGUUGGGUUAACCAAUCGUUGUCGUUUAACAAAACAAGUAUUUAUUACUACUGUCUUGCCCUGAGUGCGCAGUGAAAGGUGUUUGUUAACUUUGGCUUCCACGCUCUACGAAACGACAUUUUUCUUUUGAUUUUGCAAAAUCCCAUUGGUCCCCAUUUUUGUUGUUGUUGGGAUUGUCAACGCAUCAUCAAGCAUUUUUCUCUCUUCAAAAGCCAAAUUGACAAGGAAGGCUAUCUGAUUACUACUUUGCUCCUUUGAAAGUUUGUUUGAACAUUCUAUCUAAAUAUUGCUACUAUGCACCCUGGUAUUGAUUCCAUGUCAUCGAAUAUCAAUUGCGAGAAUAACCCUUUUUCUUUUUAUGGCAACCCACACAAGAGUGUAAUUAUACAUGGAAAAGAAGGUACUGAGCUCUUGAAAGAGAAGGGAGAAGAUUGUAAGACUUUCGAAAACAGUCAACAAUAUUUUUUGUGGUGCUGUGUACAACAACAAAUAUAUCAUUAUCAACUAUUAUCUACAGCCUUUGCAUCUUAUGGUUUUGAACCGCCAAGGAUACCUGGAGCAUUUCCUCACCACAUUCCUCCUAUCUUUAAUGGUUCGAUGAAAUGUCUUAGAGAUAGGGAAGUUUUCAAUCAAAGCGGUUUUCUUUAUGUGAAUGUAUCUCCUGAUACUUAUCAGGAAACUAGACAAGAAGCUCCAGUGGAACAGAGAAAUCAAUGGAGCGAGAAAUCCAAGACCACCUCGAAAAAGUCGAUAUGUAAAGUACUUUUUGAAUGUACCAAUUCAUCUUUAUUGGAAAAUGCUGAAAAUAGAUCCAUCUUUUCAAAACAGGGAAGUGGAUCUCAUGUGGGAGAAAAUUCAAAGAAUCCUUCUGAAGAUAGUGGCCAAUCAGGGAGACUUUCACAGAAUGCUACUGCGGAACACAAUGUUUUAGAGAAACAUUUACAAGAAGAAUAUCAAAUGGCGAAGAACACUGUGAAUGAAUCAUUUGACUCAUUGAAGGAAUGUAGCGCUGCAUCAGUUAUCAAAGGGUCGUAUUUGUUAUCUCAAGUUGUUCAUAUUCCGGAAGACGCAAUAGAGCCUGAAAUACCUCCCGAUUUACAAGGACCUGGUGGACAUGUCUUUUUACGCAUGUUAAGUAGGUCUUGGAGACAAUAUAAACGCGCACUUGAACACAAUGAAUGAAUGAGAAAGAACUAUGAAAAGAUUCAGAAAAGGUGAGAAAUAGAAAGUGCACAUAUACACUGCAUUGCGUUCUUUGAGUCAGGUCUAUAGUUUAUUUCUUUCGAGAAAAUAUUAAAAUAUUGUUAGUCUUUUCCAUAUUCAAAAAGGGUAGCGACUUGUAGACUUUUCAUAUAUCCGAAAGAGUCAAAAUCUU